AUGACACAAAGUAUAGAUUCCAUGUCAAUUUCGAUAUAUGAAAACUUAAUUUCAACAAUGAUACAAGAUAUAGUUUCCAGAGAAGUAGUACAUCAAAAACAAAUGCAAUCAAGGUACCCACAACUAAAGCAAUACAGCAUCGAUCCAAAUGGUAAUAUUGAUAUAAACGGUAACACUAAACAACAAGAUUCAUCACAAUAUUUCCAUUGUAAAAAUUGUGGUAGAGAUGUUUCAGCAAACAGGUUUGCUGCUCACUUACAAAGAUGUCUGAAUAGUAGGCAACGUCGUUGA